AUGGUGGCUGGGCUUGGCACGAGRGGCAUCCCACACAAAGACGAUGACUCUAACGGGGCUGACCAUGAAUUCCUUUAUUUGAAUGAAGUCCCCGUUGCGCUGCUUGUCUUUCUCUUUGGGUUGGUAGGGAAUGGGACUGUCCUCUGGCUCCUCAGCUCCCACRUUCGCAGGUCCUUCACUGUCUACAUCCUCAACCUGGCUGUCACCAGCUUGGCUCUCCUCCUCCUCAAGGCUGAUGCCCUUGUGAUAUUUCAUGGCCCAGAUUGCUUUUGUGGCAGACUGGACUCCUCUGCUGUAAUAACUCUAUUGAACGUCAUGAUCCUCUUUGCUUUCACCGUCAGGGUCUAUGUCUUGACACCCAUCAAUAUUGUGAUGCCUUUUUCUGUUCUCCUCCCAGCCCACGGGCACUGGCACUGCCCCCAGCAUUUGGCACACUUKGCGCAUGCCCUGGUUUGGGUCCUCUCCUUCCUGCUCAUUGUAACACCGCAUUCUUCCACUACCAUGCUCAUAGCCUUCAUUCUGAGCUACACCUUAUCUGCGUUCCUCUUGAUUCUUUCUAGUCGAAUCCUAUUUGCCCAAGACUGUUGUUGUUCACAGUGAUAUUCUCCAGGUAAAGUCCAUACUACCAUUCUGCUCCUCGUCUCCUUCUUCCCCUUCCCCACUGCUGACUUUGGUUACUGGAUCUUACUGAGGCUGUUUGAUUUUUCUGGUUUUGGCUUUGACACUUCCCUUUCUCUUGCCUGUAUGAACAGCAGCAGCAACCUUGUUAUUUAAUUCCUGGUAGAGAUGAAGUUCUCAGCCUCUGCUAGAGAUGCUUUCCAGAGAGCUUUUGAAGAUGUAGCAGGGCCCCCAAAGAGCAGUGAAACUCCUAGAGACAACACGGUGGAGACAACUUUAAAUAUUGACAACAUCACCCUUGGAGAAGAUACUUGCCCCUGGAAGUGUUCGAGAAACACUUGA